GGGUGGCGCAGGGCAGGGGUGGUAUAUCCUGUCUGACGGAGGGCGGGUCCGGCCAGUGCCUACUGAGGGACGAGCCGGGGCGGAGGCGCCAGGAGCAGCAGCCGGGAGCCCUCACGCGGACCAGCGCUCUAUGGCCAUAGGAAGCCGCUGAGAGGAGAACACGCGCUCGCACCCCGGCUUGCACUCUCGCUCCCCUGGCCUGCGCUUGCACUCUCGGCUUCCCUGGCCCGCGCCUCCCGCCACCAUGAACCACUCGCCGCUCAAGACCGCGCUGGCGUACGAAUGCUUCCAGGACCAGGACAACUCCACGCUCGCUUUGCCCUCUGAUCAAAAGAUGAAAACCGGCACGUCCGGCAGACAGCGUGUGCAGGAGCAGGUGAUGAUGACCGUCAAACGGCAGAAGUCCAAGUCUUCUCAGUCGUCCACCUUGAGUCACUCCAACAGAGGCUCCAUGUAUGAUGGGCUGGCUGACAAUUACAACAACUACGGCACUACGAGCAGAAGCAGCUACUUCUCCAAGUUCCAGGCAGGCAAUGGCUCGUGGGGAUAUCCGAUCUACAAUGGGACCCUCAAGCGGGAGCCGGACAACAGGCGCUUCAGCUCCUAUAGUCAGAUGGAGAACUGGAGCCGGCACUAUCCCCGAGGGAGCUGUGCCACCACGGGCGCCGCCGGCAGUGACAUCUGCUUCAUGCAGAAAAUCAAGGCGAGCCGCAGUGAGCCUGACCUCUACUGUGACCCAAGGGGCACACUGCGCAAGGGCACCCUGGGCAGCAAGGGCCAAAAGACCACCCAGAACCGGUACAGCUUUUACAGUACGUGCAGCGGCCAGAAGGCGGUCAAGAAGUGUCCCGUGCGGCCGCCCUCCUGCACCUCCAAGCAAGACCCGGUGUGUGUGCCGCCUAUCUCCUGCAACAAGGACCUGUCCUUUGGCCACUCAAGGGCCAGUUCCAAAAUCUGCAGUGAGGACAUUGAAUGUAGUGGGCUGACCAUCCCCAAGGCUGUGCAGUACCUGUGCUCCCAGGAUGAGAAGUACCAGGCCAUCGGGGCUUAUUACAUCCAGCACACCUGCUUCCAGGAUGAAUCGGCCAAGCAACAGGUCUAUCAGCUGGGGGGCAUCUGCAAGCUGGUGGACCUUCUCCGCAGCCCCAAUCAGAAUGUCCAGCAGGCUGCUGCCGGGGCCCUGCGAAACCUGGUAUUCAGAAGCACCACCAACAAGCUGGAGACCAGGAGGCAGAAUGGGAUCCGUGAGGCUGUCAGCCUCCUGAGGAGAAGCGGGAGCACGGAGAUCCAGAAACAGUUAACUGGGCUACUCUGGAACCUGUCUUCCACUGACGAGCUGAAGGAGGAGCUGGUGGCCGAUGCCCUGCCCGUCCUGACUGACCGGGUCAUCAUUCCUUUCUCUGGCUGGUGUGAUGGUAACAGCAACAUGUCCCGGGAAGUAGUGGACCCUGAGGUCUUCUUCAAUGCCACAGGCUGCUUGAGGAACCUAAGUUCAGCUGAUGCUGGCCGCCAGACUAUGAGGAACUACUCUGGGCUCAUUGACUCCCUCAUGGCCUAUGUCCAGAACUGUGUGGCUGCCAGCCGUUGUGAUGACAAGUCUGUGGAGAACUGCAUGUGUAUCCUGCAUAACCUCUCCUACCGCCUGGACGCCGAGGUGCCCACCCGUUACCGCCAGCUGGAGUACAAUACCCGCAAUGCCUACACCGAGAAGUCCUCCACUGGCUGCUUCAGCAACAGGGCUGACAAGAUGAUGAACAAUAACUAUGACUGCCCACUUCCUGAGGAAGAGACCAACCCCAAGGGGAGCAGCUGGCUGUACCACUCAGAUGCCAUCCGCACCUACCUGAACCUCAUGGGCAAGAGCAAGAAAGAUGCUACCUUGGAGGCCUGUGCUGGGGCCCUGCAGAACCUGACAGCCAGCAAGGGACUGAUGUCCAAUGGCAUGAGUCAGUUGAUUGGAAUAAAGGAGAAGGGCUUGCCACAAAUCGCUCGUCUACUGCAAUCUGGCAAUUCAGAUGUGGUGAGGUCCGGGGCCUCUCUGCUGAGCAACAUGUCUCGCCACCCUGUGCUGCACAGAGUGAUGGGAAACCAGGUGUUCCCAGAGGUAACCAGACUCCUCACUAGCCACACCGGCAAUACCAGCAACUCUGAAGAUAUCUUGUCGUCAGCCUGCUACACUGUGAGGAACCUGAUGACCUCACAGCCUCAGAUGGCCAAGCAGUACUUCUCCAACAGCAUGCUCAACAAUGUCUUCAACCUGUGCCGCAACAGUGCCUCCUCACCUAAGGCUGCAGAGGCUGCCCGGCUACUCCUGUCUGACAUGUGGGCAAGCAAGGAGCUGCAGAGUGUCCUCAGGCAGCAAGGUUUCGAUAGGAACAUGAUGGGAAAUAUAGCUGGGGCCAACAGCCUCAGAAACUUCACCUCUCGGUUCUAAGAAGAGACUAUCCAAGCAAGUUCAACUUGCAG